AUGCAAAUCUUUGUGAAAGUCCCAUCAGAAAAAACCCUAACGCUCGAUGUGUUAUCUUCAGACACCAUCAGCAACGUCAAAAUUAAGAUUCAAACUAAAGGAGGAGUCCCGCUAGACCGGCAACGCCUAAUCUUCGCAGGCAAGCAUCUUGAAGACAACAAAACCCUGGCCGACUACAAAAUCCAAAGGGAGUGCACUCUCCAUCUCAUGCUUAGGCUUCGAGGGGGUGCUAAGAAGAAGACAUACAACAAAGUACCAAAGAAGGUCAAGCACGAGAAAGAGAAGGAGAAUCUUGCUGUCUUGAAAUUUUAUAAGGUGAGUGAUGAGAGCGGCAACGUGGAGAGGCUGAGGAAGGAGUGCCCAGAGUGUGGACCUGAGCAGUUUAUGGCCAGCCACUUAGAUAGGCGUUCUUGUGGUAAUUUGGGGUUUAGUUUUGUUUCUGAUCAAGAGAGUGGAGGUGUUGUUUUGAAGAUGGUGGAGGAACUGAAAUCAUACGAAAGAAGGAAAAAAAUAAUUCUUGCACAGGAUUAA